GUAAACCCUCCAUCUCUCUGUUCCUCUUUUUUUUAUUCUUCUUCUUUAAUAAAAUAAUUCAAAAUCAUUACUUGAUUCGUUAAAACCUCUCUAUCCAAAUCAUCAUCUUUCACUUAUCCAAGAUUGUUCUUUCUUUCUUCAAAUUUUCAACUGUUGAAACAUAUACUUUUAUUUUAUUUUGUGGUUGAUCAAGUUAUCAUGUCAACGACUCUAAAUCCCUGCAAGCAUCUUUCAGAUUACAAGCUAAGAUAUGGGGUUAAAGGGUUCAAUUUGAGCCAAAAGUGGGUCAAAUCAGGCCCCUAUGGGAAAACCCAGAUGGAAGUAUCAAAAUCAGAGAUACCCAGAUGUAGUUUUUGUUCUGGGUAUGAAGGUAGAUUAUACAUCUGCUUGAUCUGUUCAUCAAUGUCUUGUUCUUUAUCUUUUGAAUCCAAUCAUGCCCUUUUGCAUACCCAAACUCAGAUUGGUCAUGAGAUUGCUGUCGACCUUCAGAGAUCUGAGCUUUAUUGUUUUGCUUGCGCCGAUCAGGUCUAUGAUCCUGAUUUCGAUAGAGCUGUUAUGUGUGAACAGAUUCUAGGGUUAGGAAAUGGGAAUCUUGAUGGGAUUAGAUCUAAUGGUAAGAGGAAAAGAUUGAGUUUUGAGGUUGGAUUCAAUUCUGAUUUCAAGAAUCUAAAAAGGGUUAGUGGUGGUGGUGGUGAAUGGGAUCAUGGAAGAAGGAUAUCAAAAUCUUGUUUUCCGGUGGGAUUAAGAGGACUUAAUAAUUUGGGGAACACUUGUUUUAUGAAUUCUGUGUUGCAAGCAUUGCUUCAUGCUCCUCCUUUUAGGAAUCACUUUCUAAGUGGUAGGCAUAACCGGGAUUCUUGCCGGAAAACCUCUGCCGGCCGGUUGUGUUUAUCCUGUGACAUUGAUAUAAUCUUUUCUGCAGUGUUUUCCGGCGAUCGAGCACCCUACAGUCCAGCUCAAUUUCUUUACAGUUGGUGGCGGCUUUCGGAAAAUCUUGCUUGUUAUGAACAACAAGAUGCCCACGAAUUUUUCAUGUCAGUGCUCGAUCGGAUCCAUGAGAAAGAAGGGAAAACAAGAAACACGAAUAAAGAUAACGGAGACUGCCAUUGUGUUGCUCAUAGAGCGUUUUCCGGGUUGUUGAGAUCAGAUGUUACUUGCACGACCUGCGGUUUCACAUCCACGACCUAUGAUCCUUGUGUUGACAUAUCUCUUGAUUUCAACACGACGGUUGAUCAAUUUGCGGCUAACAAAGCACAGAAAUCGACCGAAACUGGCGUAUCCACACUUACUAGUUGCUUGGACCUCUUUACUCGGCCGGAGAAGUUGGGAUCCGACCAGAAAUUGUACUGCCAAAAUUGUCAAGAAAGGCACGAAUCCGUGAAGCAAAUGUCGAUAAGAAGGCUGCCAUUGGUAUUAUGUCUACACGUGAAACGAUUCGAACACUCGCUUGCAAGAAAAGCUUCAAGAAAGAUCGACCGCCACUUACAAUUCCCGUUCUCCUUAGACAUGACGCCUUAUGUGUCAUCGUCGAUCGUCAGAAAAAGAUUUGGGAAUCGAAUCUUUGCUUUCGAAGGUGAUGAAUCCGAGAUUUCCACAAAUUUUGAGGUUUUUGCAGUGAUUACUCACUCGGGUAUGCUUGAAUCCGGCCAUUAUAUGACGUAUUUGCGUCUUAACGAGCAAUGGUACAAGUGUGACGAUGCGUGGAUCACCGAAGUCGACGAUGAAGUGGUGAGAGCAUCACAGAUCUAUUUGGUGUUUUACGUUCAAAAACCAAACAGCCACAAAACCGGUGAGGACGUUGGUUGUCAUCUGAGAUCUUCGGUUUCCAGCGACUCUUUCGUGUCGAUCGCGGGCUGUUGCUGACAUUAUGGUACACGAACAAACGAAUCGUGGAAGCUGGUACCUGCUGCAUUGAUGGUUGUACCUUAACUUCCAUGGUUUGUUUCUUUAUGUACCAUAGAAUUGGUGCAAAAUAAGGAGGAUUGAAAUGGGAAGGAUGAAGCCAUCAAGUUUAUUGGGUGUGGCUCCUAAUCUAACUUCCUGUUUGUACAGAGUAAAUUCUUUUGAUGGGGAGGAUUUGGUAUUUUUUUGCAGUUUUCUAACUUUUCAAAUUGAUAAUUGAAGCUUUUCUUAUGUUGGAAGAGCUUAUAAAAAUGGCUCUUUAACCC